AUGUACUUGUCACAACAAGGUCCUACUGCACCUCCACAACAAAUAUCACAAACUGAAGCUGCUGCUUCAUACACUAACAACCGACAUCCACGUAGGUUACCACAGAGGGUUCCCACACUACAGACACACAGGAUCAACAACAAUUCUGCCUAUGAAGAAGAUGAAGAUCACGAUGGAAAUCAGUAUUACCGUGAUGAUAAGCAUAAGGUAAAACUAGAUCUGAAGGAAUAUAACGGGAAACAUGACCCUAUUGCAUUCCAUGACUGGUUGAGUGCUCUAGAUGACUACUUCAAGUGGUUUCGGUUGUCUGAAGACCGAAAGAUGCAGCUGGCCACGACUAAGUUAAUUGGAGGAGCCAGAGAUUGGUGGCGUACACAUGAAGACAGGUUGAUCCGUCGUCACAUGGAACCAAUUACUUGGGCAGCUAUGAAAGAGAUUCUCAAAGAGAAGUACUUACCUCCUUCUUAUCAGAGGCGUUUGCAUGAUCAACUGAACACUAUACGACAAGGUACCUUAACAGUUGAGGAGUAUAUUGAUAAAUUCAAUGACUUACUCUCACGUACGGGUGUAGAUGAGAAUGAUGACCAGCUUAUAUCCCGUUUCAAGUUGGGAUUGAGGGUUGACAUUAAAGACAAGAUAGGCGUGGUUGAAAUAUAUAAUUUGAAUCACUGUUUUGAAAAGGCAAUGGAUGCUGAAGAUUUAAUCAAGGCUGCCCCGCCAAGAUUCACAACGCAGUCCGGUGAUAUUAGGAGAGCCUUUACUCCUAACAGAUCUAGUGGUUUCCCUACCCGAGCUCCACCAACUACAGAGGAAAAGGGUAAGGCCCCCAUGGGUAGUCAAACACCUAACAAGUGUUUCCAUUGCCAACAAGAUGGUCAUUAUGCAAGGUAUUGCCCCCAAAGAGGGAAGUCCAAUUCAGUGAUUGCAGCCAUGGAAACUAGUCCAGAUGUCCAAGUUUGUGACCCGCAGUUUAAUGACAAUUGGGCCGUUAAUGCUGCUCUUGAGGGAGAAGACUAUGAUGAUACUUUGGAAGACCAAAUUUAUGAGGUAAAUGUAGUAACUCGCAUUCUGGUUGCUGAAUCUAAAGGAGAGGACUGGCGUCGACAUUGCAUCUUUUAUACACUGAUGGAUAGCGGGACAGCAACAGCCCAAGUGAUCGUGGACAGCGGUAAUUGUGUCAACGUGGUUUCUAAAGCUUUUGUCAUUGAAGAGAAGCUUAAAGCUGAACCUCACCCACAACCAUACAAGGUAUCCUUACUUAAUAAAGAUACUUUAGAGGUUAAUCAGCGGUGCUCAGUGCCACUCAAGAUUUUUGGUUACGAGGAGACUGUCUGGUGUGAUAUAAUUCCUAUGAUUCUGACUGAUGUUUUACUUGGGAGACCAUGGAUGUAUGAUAACAAUGUAUUGACGGGAGGUACAAAAAAUCAGUGUUUCUUUGACUUCAAAGGGAAACCACUGGUUCUCAACCCCUCAAUGUACCAUUGA